AAUCCCAGCAGCACCCCUCUUCGACCCGACCCCCACCGCAUCCGGUCGUUCGGCUUUCCAAGCACACCAAAAGCGCGAUCCUCUGGGCGCUUGAAGAGGCUCUUCGAGGACCGCAUCCUUUCACUCCCGACCUCGAAGAGGAAAACGCUUCAAUGGCGGACCUGCUUGGUGGCGGCGCCGCCGCCGGCCCUGCCACAACCAACGGCCAUGCCGCGUCGUCCUCGCGCCCGACGGCACCUCCUGCCCAGACCGGAUCUCCCCAGCAAGUGAUUCGCGGCCCUCGGAUGAUCAUGCGCGAACGAGCUGAGCGCGAGGCGCGCCAACGGGCAGAACGCGAGCAGAUGGAGCGUGCCCGUGCCGAAGAGGAAGCCCGUCGGCUCGAAGAGACGCAACGCCGGGCGGCAGAGCAGAGACCGCCCGUUGCUGGCGCUGUUUCAGGCGGUGAUGUACCCAAAGACCCGGCAGCCCAACGCCGGCAACAACGUGCCCAGGAGGCUCAACCAGGAGCGCGAGUCCCCACCAGCAUGCCUUCGGUCCCGACGCAGCAACCGUCGGCCGCCGUCCCCCCGCUCCGUUCCACCCGAGUCCCGGCAACCGGACAAUCAUCGCAAACCUUCCCCUCUGCGGCCCAGCCUGGGAUCAGCGCCACGGGGGGACCGCAACCAGGCGAAUCGUCGACGCAGGGCAUGGGCGCAUCCCGAAUCAAAAACACUUUUCCGCAUGCGUUCGAACGGUGGGAAGCUCUGUCGGCCCAUUGGGAAGGCAUGACGAGCUUCUGGCUAAGGAGGCUGCAAGAAAACACCGACGAGAUCGAGCGAAACCCGAUAACCACGCAGCUCUCCAGGCAAGUUGCAGACCUCUCGGCUGCUGGCGCCAAUCUUUUCCAUGCGGUUGUCGAACUGCAACGGCUGCGCGCCAGUUCUGAGCGCAAAUUCCAGAGGUGGUUUUUCGAGACUCGUGCCGAAUUGGAGCGCCAUCAAGAAGUGAAUGCCAUGCUCGAGGCGCAGAUGGAGCAAGAGCGGCAGGCAAGAGCUGACGCCGUCCGCGGCUCUGCACAGCAUGAAACCGAGAACGUCAAGCUGCGGAAAAUGGUGGCCGAGAUGCGACGGGAAUUGCUCAUUUCCAAAGAGGAAGCACGCCGCGCGUGGGAAGAACUUGGUCGCCGGGAGCAGCUAGAGCGCGAGCACACCGUGUCUCUUCAGCAAGGCCUUCCGACCAUUGUCGGAGGGGUCCAAGUCGUGCCGAUGACGCAAGGCAUGCCGAGUCGCGCUGCAAGCCGGCACAAUCGGUCGCAAAGCCAAGCGGCCGAUACCUCGGAAUAUGUCGCCGCGCAAGGGUGCCAAUAUCCAGAGUACGCAUCUGCGGCUGCGCCUGGCGCGUCGUCCGCCCACCAGCAGCCCGGGGAAGCUUCGGGCCACGAGGCGGGCGAAUAUGGCGCGGGCUCCGAGGCGGGCUACAGCGAAGGUGAGUAUAUGAUGGAUGCGAGAGGAAAUUUUCUGCGCGACGAGCACGGCAACAGGAUCCCUUUCCACAGCCCCACCGCUUCGCCGAGCCAAGGGAGACGGUCUGACGCCGGUGCAGAGGACUACGAGACUCCUGCCGCACAAGCGACCACCAGCUACCCGCCGUCAAGCUCGCACUGGGCCGGCGCCUACUCGGAAGCACCGGAGUACUCCGGCCAGGGCUACGCUUCGCCUGGCUGGGAGACCAUUCCCCGGCAUCACCACCCCACCCGACUGAGCGAUGUCAUCGAAGAGGACGAGAACAGCCGCGCCUCGAUGAGCCAAGUGAGCCGGGCGUGAGCAGCCACUUAAGUGUCGGCGUAUCCUGCAACAAUAACGCAAUGUGAAUAUCACCGACCACCUCGACCAGCU